GGGGGAGAGCCAGCUGUAGGGGGCGGUGACCGCGCUCUUGGGACAGCUCCGCGCCCUCGGGCAGGACAGAUCCAAGUUGGGACCAGCUGUGGGAGCCGGGUCUCCAAGAUGAGGCCGGCGCUCGCCCUGUGCCUUCUCUGGCAGGCGUUCUGGCCUCGGCCUGGCCGGGGCGAGCACCCCACCGCCGACCGCGCGGGCUGCUCGGCCUCGGGGGCCUGCUACAGCCUGCACCACGCUACCAUCCAGAGGCUGGCGGCCGAGGAGGCCUGCAGUCUGCGUGGCGGGACUCUCAGCACGGUCCGCGAGGGUGCCGAGCUCCGCGCGGUGCUUGCGCUCCUGCGGGCAGGCCCGGGGCCCGGAGGGGGCUCCAAAGACCUUCUGUUCUGGGUGGCGCUGGAACGCAGGCGAUCCCACUGCACCCUGGAGAACGAGCCCUUGCGGGGGUUCUCUUGGCUGUCCCCCGACGUCAGCGGGUCGGAAAGCGACACGCUGCAAUGGGUGGAGGAACCCCAACGCUCCUGCACCUCUCGGAGUUGCGCGGGACUCCAGGCCACCAGGGGGGUCGAGCCCGCAGGCUGGAAGGAGAUGCGCUGCCACUCGCGCGCCAAUGGCUACCUGUGCAAAUACCAGUUUGAGAGCUUGUGCCCGGCGCCGCGCCCCGGGGCCGCCUCUAACUUGAGCUACCGCGCGCCCUUCCAGCUGCACAGCGCGGCGCUGGACUUUAGUCCUCCAGGGACCAAGGUGAGUGCGCUCUGCCCCGGGCAGCUCUCCGUCACAGCCACCUGCAUCGCGGACGAGGUCAGCGCGCGCUGGGACGCGAUACCCUCCGGGGCUGAGCUCUGUCCCUGUCCCGGGAGAUACCUCCGUGGUGGCAAAUGCGCGGAACUCCCUGACUGCCUAGACGACUUGGGAGGCUUUGCCUGCGAGUGCGCCGCGGGGUUCGUGCUGGGGAAAGACGGACGCUCUUGUGUAACCGAUGGGGAAGGACAGCCGGCCCCUGAGGGGACCAAGGUGCCCACCAGGCCGGCCACUGCUGCCAGCCCCGUCCCGAAGAGAACGUGGUCACCCACGGUACAGGAGAAGCCAGGAGAGGUACCCCAUGUCCCCGGACAAGGCAGUUCAGCAACAUCUAUUCCCGAGAUUCCUCAGUGGGGAGCGCAGAGCACGAUGUCUACCCUUCAGAUGUCCCCUCAAGCCAAUUCAAAGGCGCCCAUCACCUCUUCAGGAAGCGUGAUUCCCAAGUUUAAUUCCACGUCUUCCUCCGCCAUUCCCCAACCUUUCGACUCCUCCUCCACCGUGGUCUUCAUACUUGUGAGCAUAGCGGUCGUAGUGUUGGUUAUCUUGACCAUGACAGUGCUGGGGCUUUUCAAACUCUGCUUCCACAAAAGCCCUUCCUCCCAGCCAAGAAAGGGGCCUUUGGCCCAGCCGGGCAUGGAGAGUGAUACUGAAGCCGCUGCUCUGCGUUCAAAUUCCGUACAUUGCACAGACAAUGGGGUGAAGGUGGGGGACUGUGGCCUGCGGGACAGAGCAGAGGGCGCCUCGCUGACAGGGUCCUCUCUUGGCUCUGGUGACACAUAGGGAAACGGGACAAUGGGCACUUCUUCUGAGCAGAGUUUUUCACUUUCAAUGAAAAAGGGAAAAGAAGAGGAACUUAUUUAUGGGACUAUUCUUAUAGAAAAUCCCCUUCCCCCAAAUUCCCUCCGCUUCACCGAGGAGCCAAAUCUGAACUGGACACUCAUUGCCUGAAGAUGGAAGAGGUCAAAGCACCUUAUGGUGGUACUGGGGGCCGGGAUCCUGCUGGGGAGAGGUGUUUACUUGUGCUGAUUCGGGGGGAUUUGGAGAAGUGGUUGAACUUUUAAGAUAUUGGAAGCAUAUAGGAAACGAUACAAUUAAAAAAAAAAUUUAACGAACAUGGAAAGGAAACCAUCUACAUUGUUCAGGCUGGACGUAUAUUUUGGUUUGAAACUCUUAGGCAAAAAAUAAAGGAUUGUUGAUAACCCACACUCAAAUAUCGUUGGUCUCCUGGCGGAUUGAUUAUUUAGGGAAAACAGCUGAGGGGCAUCCCGAGAAUAGCAACAAGGGUACACCCUGCUCUUAGAUUGAGGGGAAAUCUUCAAGUGCUUGUAAUGAGGAGUAGAUCUUUAACAACUAGCAACUUUUUUCUUGGUUCUUUUAUACCUUGCUUUCAAAGUCACUGCUACUCAUGUGUUCUGCUAUAAAUCCAAACUGUAGUGUUGCCAGAGUGGCUGGCUCUGGAAGCAAAUUAUAGUUGACCACCAAUUCAAGUGCUUACUGUGUGUCCUUGCUCAAGGAAACAAAUGAUUUGUGUUUUCCUUUUCCAACAUUUGUACUCUCCGGUGUAAUGACCUUCUACAACCAAGUAGCCCUCUGCUAAACAUCAGGAUGCUGAUCCUCCCUUCCAAUUACGGUGAUGUUAAUUUCCAAUUAAAACGUUAAUGCUAAGUAUUGAUUUGAAAUCUUCUGGGUGCGUUAAAGCAAAAAUGAGCUGGAUUUCUUCCAAAGUUGCUAGAUUUUUAUACACUUUUUAAUCCAUGAAAAAACUUGAAUUCAAAACUGUUUCCUUACCUCCCUUAAAAAAAGUGUGUGCAGGGGCGCCUGGGUACCGCAGUUGUUAGGCGUCUGCCUUCGG